AUGUCAACACCAAAGAAGAUGAGAGAAUCAAUGUCUCACGUAGAGUCAAAGGAGAAUGCCUUUAGCGAGACAAAGCCAUCGAAAUAUUUGAACAACUUGUUCAAGUCACAUCGCAAGACCACCACUGCGUUGGCAAUGAAGGAGUCCGAGCACAACAUCAGCUCGCCACUGUCCGACAUCACCAACUCUCCACCCGAGAAAUCAACUCCAGCCCUAAAGUCAACCACGACCACUCCCAUCAAGUCCUUUGAUCUUUCACAGCCAAGUCCAAAGACCAAUAGGUACACAAUCUCAAUGUCCACACCAACUAGACCAAUGAAUGGAGUGGACUCGCCAAACUUGAUGUCGCCACCAAUGGCGAAUGGAAAGUCCAUGUUCUCAAACUCUGCCAGUAAGCAGCCACAACAGCAGCCACAGUCACAACAACAGGAGCAGAAGAAGAUGAAGAAGAGACAGUUGGAGAAGGAGUGCCAGCUGAUGCAGAGCAAGAUCGACAUCAUGGAGAAGAUCAGAAACGAUAACGACAGCGACAUUGACCGUAUGAAGCGCACACUUCUCGACACACUCACCGAGAAUGAUCAUCUGCAGCGUCGCGUCGCUCAGUUGGAGGCCACCGUCGAGUCCAUGAAGUCCGAGCUCAACGGCAUCUCCUACGACGCCUGGAAGUCCUUCUGCUCCGUCCAAGAUUCGCCACCCGGUAUCUCCACACGCUACUCCAAGAAGCGCGCCAUCACCAUCGGCCAAUCAUCCAAGUAG